CGGGUCGGGUCUAAAUCGAGAGUGCACAGUGCGGUUUUUGGUAGAGAGAAAAGGGUUCUUAUUUUUGGGAUUAUGUUUUCUUCUUCUUCUUCUUCUUCGUGAUUCGUCUCACAAUUUUCAUGUCUCUUCCUACCAAACGCUCUACUUGCUCCGCCGCUUCUGCCUCCGACGACUCUUCUUACUCUUCUCCUCCCAUGAAAAAGGCCAAAAACGACCUCCACCAUUCCCCGCAACACCCUAACGCCGCCGACAAGGUUGGCUUUCCCAUGGAGGAAGAUCCAACUCCCGCCGCCGCUAAUCUCUCUCGCAAGAAAGCUACACUGCCUCAACCUACUAAGAAGCUUGUAAUCAAGCUUAAUAAAGCCAAACCAACUCUACCAAAGAACUUUGAGGAGACUACAUGGGAACAGUUGCAGUCAGCUAUCAGAGCUAUAUUCCUCAAAAAACCAUUUUCUUUUCACUUCGAGAGCCUUUACCAGGCUGUUGAUGACCUUUGCAUGCAUAAGCUGGCAGGAAAGCUUUACCAACAGAUUGAGAAGGAGUGUGAAGAACACAUCUCUGCAGCUUUACAAUCUUUAGUUGGGCAGAACACUGAUCUCACUGUUUUCUUGUCACUUGUCGAGAAAUGCUGGCAAGACUUUUGUGACCAGAUGCUUAUGAUCCGUAGUAUAGCCUUGACUCUGGAUAGAAAAUAUGUGAUACAAAACUCAAAUGUACGUUCAUUGUGGGAGAUGGGUCUGCAGCUUUUCCGGAAGCAUCUAUCACUGGCCCCUGAAGUUGAGCAGAGGACUGUUAAAGGUCUCUUAAGUAUGAUUGAAAAAGAAAGGUUAGCAGAAGCUGUUAAUAGGACUCUACUUAGCCAUCUUUUGAAGAUGUUUACUGCACUGGGAAUAUAUAUGGAUAGCUUUGAGAAACCUUUCCUUGAAGGAACUUCUGAAUUCUAUGCAGCCGAAGGAAUGAAAUACAUGCAGCAGUCUGAUGUUCCGGAGUACCUGAAGCAUGUUGAGGGAAGGUUGCAUGAAGAGAAUGAAAGAUGCAUACUCUACAUAGAUGCAGUAACCAGGAAAUCAUUGAUAGCAGCUGUUGAAAGGCAACUUCUAGAGCGUCAUAUUCUUGUUGUUCUUGAUAAGGGUUUUACAACGUUAAUGGAUGGACGUCGUACUGAGGACCUUCAGAGGAUGCAAACCCUGUUUUCUAGGGUCAAUGCACUUGAGUCUCUGAGGCAGGCGAUAAGUGCAUAUGUUCGGAAAACUGGGCAGAAGAUUGUUAUGGAUGAAGAGAAAGAUAAAGAUAUGGUACAAUCACUAUUGGACUUCAAGGCUUCUCUUGACAUAAUAUGGGAAGAGAGCUUUAGCAAGAACGAAUCAUUUGGGAACACCAUCAAAGAUUCAUUUGAGCAUCUGAUUAAUCUUCGACAGAACCGGCCAGCUGAGCUUAUUGCCAAGUUUUUGGACGAGAAGCUCCGUGCUGGGAAUAAGGGUACUUCUGAAGAAGAAUUGGAGAGUACUCUUGAAAAAGUCUUGGUUUUGUUCCGAUUUAUCCAGGGUAAAGAUGUGUUUGAAGCAUUCUACAAAAAGGAUCUUGCGAAGAGACUCCUUUUGGGAAAGAGUGCUUCAAUUGAUGCGGAGAAAUCCAUGAUCUCUAAGCUUAAGACUGAGUGUGGUAGNUCUGGACCAAUUCUUUCUUUUGUUUCCUGCGUGCAGGAUAUUGAAUUGUCUAAGGAAAUCAACGAGUCAUUCAAACAAUCUUCCCAGGCCAGAACAAAACUGCCAUCGGGAAUUGAGAUGAGUGUCCACGUUUUAACAACAGGGUACUGGCCAACAUAUCCACCCAUGGAUGUUAAGCUUCCUCAUGAACUAAAUGUCUAUCAGGAUAUUUUCAAAGAGUUCUAUUUAAGCAAGUACAGUGGUAGGAGGUUAAUGUGGCAAAAUUCAUUAGGCCACUGUGUUUUAAAGGCAGAUUUCUCCAGAGGUAAAAAGGAGCUGGCUGUUUCCCUAUUUCAGGCUGUUGUGUUGAUGUUAUUUAACGAUGCAAUGAAACUUAGCUUUGAAGACAUUAAAGAUUCCACUGGCAUAGAGGACAAGGAGCUGAGAAGGACUUUGCAGUCGCUUGCUUGUGGGAAAGUCCGUGUCCUGCUGAAGGUUAGGCCAAAAUCUCCUUUCAACNNACCAAUUCUUUCUUUUGUUUCCUGCGUGCAGGUAAAUGCAAUCCAGAUGAAAGAGACAGUAGAGGAGAACACAAGUACAACGGAAAGAGUAUUCCAGGACCGACAAUACCAGAUCGAUGCAGCCAUUGUUCGUAUUAUGAAGACAAGAAAAGUCUUGAGCCAUACUCUUCUAAUCACUGAGCUCUUCCAACAGCUCAAAUUCCCAAUAAAACCGGCUGAUCUAAAGAAGAGGAUUGAAAGCUUGAUCGAUCGAGAAUACUUAGAGAGGGAAAAGAGCAACCCCCAGAUAUACAAUUAUCUUGCUUAGAGUCUCUCUGGUAAACACCGUUUCAAUAUUUUCCUCUCUCUGUAUAUUUUAUUGACAAACAAAAACAAUGGCCGAAAUUUUCUUUUUAUUCAGUUUGAAAAAGAAAAAAAAAAAGAACUCGAGAUUCCAAUCAUUUCAUCUUGCCGCUUUGCUUGUACAGCCCUUAACUUGUGCUGCUUCGUAGGUUCACUUAUUCUCCUGUUACUUUUUA